AUGAGUUAGCAAGUAAGCUACUUUCUAGGACUUGCUACGCAUGUACAUACAAAGCAGCGGGUGAUUGCCGGGCAAUAAAAUUGUACUUUUUUUAGUUUUUAACUUUGUAACGUAAGGAUUCUGUAACACUAGUUGGACUCAAAAGAAGCUAACGUCCUAUCGGUUGUCAUAUACUUGGUAUUGCUUGAUGUGAAACGACACAAACACGAGAGUAGCAGUUAGCAUUGUAUAGUAAAGUGGAGCGAUGCGACUUUUAACUUCACUGGUUCUGACGUAAACUUUCUAGAAAGCACAUAAAACAAGAUGUCCGAACAAAAAGCAGCAACACCAUCACUUCGCUUCGGCCAGGUGGUGAUUGGACCGCCAGGUUCGGGUAAAACGACAUACUGCCGGGCGAUGCAGGAGUUCCUCACACAACUCGGACGCAAGGUAGUUGUGGUAAACAUGGACCCAGCUAAUGAAGGACUUCCAUACAACUGUGCCGUGGAUAUCUCAGAGCUGAUCACGUUGGAUGAUGUGAUGGAUGGUUUGAAGCUGGGACCCAAUGGCGGCCUCCUCUACUGCAUGGAGUAUGUUGAAGCCAACAUGGACUGGUUGGAAAACAAGUUGAAGCAGCACCACGACUGUUACUUCUUAUUUGACUGCCCUGGGCAGGUGGAGCUCUACACGCACCAGAAUUCAGUGAAAAACAUUUUCUCACAGUUGGGGAAGUGGAAUUUUAGGCUCACAUCAGUGCACCUUGUGGACUCUCACUACUGUGCUGACCCGGCCAAGUUCAUCUCAGUGCUGUGCACCUCACUGUCCACCAUGCUGCAUGUGGAGCUCCCUCAUGUCAACAUCCUCUCCAAGAUGGACUUAAUAGAGCAGUAUGGAAAACUAGCAUUUAAUCUUGACUUCUACACUGAAGUGAUGGACCUGAAAUAUCUACUGGAUCACCUGGCUGCAGAUCCCUUCUUUAAAAAAUUUCGCCAUCUAAACGAAAAGCUGGCAGAAGUCAUUGAAGAUUACAGCCUUGUCUCCUUUGUGUCUCUCAAUGUUCAGGACAAAGACAGUAUGAUGCAGGUGUUGCAGGCAGUGGACAAGGCCAACGGCUACUGCUUUGGAGACCUGGAGGAGAGAAAUCUUCAGGCAAUGAUGUCAGCCGCCGUGGGGGCAGACUUCCAGUUCGGCUCCACUCUCGGAGUUCAAGAACGCUAUGUUGAAACAAAUGGGAAGACUGUGGAGGAGGAAAUGAUGGAGUUUUUGAAUUGCUGAACGCCAGCACACAAACCUGGUCGACCUUUCCAUCGGACCUGGACUUCUCCAUUAAAGAAUAGACACACAGGAACAGGAACAAUGGUAUUGAAGUUUGCACUGAAUGACUGCACAUAUUUUUAUUAAAACACCUUAACUGUUAAAGCUCCAGUUUAGUUUUUUAUUCAUUCAUGUUCAAUUUGAAUUGCUAGAAUUGAAUUGGCUAAAGUGAGAAGGUGACUUCAAACUAUCCUUUGGGAGGUGCAUGUGUAAUUUCCUCCAGCAGAUGGCAGUAGAUGUGCUCACAAAUCCUCCAGUCUGAUCUCUAAAACUCUGCUCCAUCUUUUGUCCUCAGCCAGAGCAGAAAAAUUAAGUCAGGCGGGGAGAGGAAGCCACAUUAAAUCUGUGUUUCUGCACAACUGGCCCUGUGUCUGGUCUUUGGGAUGGAAGACACUCUCUCUCUCUCUCUGUUCCAACUCUUUUACGUAGAGACCACUACUUUUCUUUUUGUGUCUUUACCAUGUUUAUGGAAAAAAAAUAUGAAAACAUACAUGUAUAGCGUUAAAAAUGCAUGCACUUUUCAUUCCUCAGUGGACUCAUGCUAAAAUAAUCUGUGAAAUGACAUCACUGCUGUGUGUGUGUGUGUGUGUGUGUGUGUCUGUGUCUGUGAGAGUGAUAACGUUUCAUAUGGGCUCCAUGCAUUGAGGGGGGUGUGUCAGGCUGAAUGUUAAAUUCUGUUCCGAUGUUUGCACAUGUGAUCAACUAUGCCUUCUCAUUGGUACUUCCUGCCUUUUUUCUCUCAAGCCCCCUAGAGGAUGAUGUGUGUGUAUGUGUGUGUUCGCGCGUGCGCGCGCGCGAGAGAGACAGAACCCAGUCUUUGAGUGACAAAUGGAAAGAUAGCGGCUUGCAUUUAAUUUAAAUCAAUACACCAUCUAGCCUAGUAAUCGUCUGUUUCUGCGUUUCACCCAUUUAAUCAGCAAGUAUCCGUCUUUUACACACGCACACACACACACCCUUGCUUGAUUCUGCGCACGCACCCACGAUGCGUUUCAUGGACGCCAAAGCACCAAUGUUGUUAUUGUUGGGAGAAUUUUGCUCCAUACUUGCACUAACA